GAUAGGGUUAGUGUUCCCACAUGGCCAUACAGAGGGAUGACAAGAGGCCUGUGCUAAUUAGCUAUCUUCUGCACUCUGAACACCUGUGUGUAAGCAUAAUUUGAGAAGUGCGCAGAACUGUAGUUUCAUUGCAUGGAGGCACCCAUAGCUGUAAGGAUCUAUGCAAAACUGCUACACCAUCCUCUGUGCGGGCCUUUGUACACACCAGUGAGCUGCUUGGACCACACCCAGGUCCAAGCAGGCUCUAGGCCCCAGCCUUCAGCCUCAGCCCCAGACCUCCAGCAAGCUGCAAGGCCUGGUCAGGGAGCCAAACCUCCAGACCCAGACGUCCAGCAAGCUGCAAGGCCUGGUCAGGGAGCCAAACCUCCAGACCCAGACCUCCAGCAAGCUGCAAGGCCUGGUCAGGGAGCCAAACCUCCAACCCCAGACCUCCAGCCAGCUGCAAGGCCUGGUCAGGGAGCCAAACCUCCAGCCCCAGACGUCCAGCUAGCUGCAAGGCCUGGUCAGGGAGCCAAACCUCCAGGCCCAGACGUCCAGCCAGCUGCAAGGCCUGGUCAGGGAGCCAAACCUCCAGGCCCAGACGUCCAGCCAGCUGCAAGGCCUGGUCAGGGAGCCAAACCUCCAGGCCCAGAUGUCCAGCCAGCUGCAAGGCCUGGUCAGGGAGCCAUACCCCCAGGUCCCAGCCCCAGACGUCCAGCAAGCUGCAAGGCCUGGUCAGGGAGCCAAACCUCCAGGCCCAGACGUCCAGCCAGCUGCAAGGCCUGGUCAGGGAGCCAUAGCCCCAGGCCCCAGACGUCCAGCAAGCUGCAAGGCCUGGUCAGGGAGCCAAACCUCCAGGCCCAGACGUCCAGCCAGCUGCAAGGCCUGGUCAGGGAGCCAAACAUCUAGGCCCCAGCCCCAGAUGUCCAGCCAGCUGAAAUGCCUGGUCAGGGAGCCAAACCUCCAGGCCCCAGCCCCAGAGCUGAGCAGAGAAUCAGGUUAGAGGUAGAGAUGGAGGGAAUCCAGCCUGUCAGUUUGUGUUGAGAUGAUAUUGGUAAACAAUAAACAUUGGGAUGGGACUGAUACACACACACAGAGGGAGAGAGAGAGAGAGAGAUGGAAGGAGAUGUGGAGAUGUGUAGACAAUAAGUUGAUUAUGGAGGAGACAUGGAGUUGGCGAGACAUGUUGUUGAUAUGGGGUGGUUGAAUAGUUUUGACCCAGUACUGGACUUGACAAGAGUUACAGAUGACUCACAUAGUAUGGAGCUCCCAUACAGCCAACUGUCAUGGUGAUGACAACUGGUUAAAUGGGCUGCCACAGGCUUCAUCAAGUUUCCUACAGAACCUAGAUUGGAAUCAGAGAAGCACAUGGACAGAGGAAUAAACCCUCACACAACACUUCUCAAAUACAAAUGCACCAGUUGCCUCCUUCAUGGCCCCAUAAUAUGGACUCAAAAUCAAAUUCUUAAUCAACUUAUUUUUAACCAUUGCACAUUGCUAUUGUUUUAUUCAUUACUGGUUUAAUAUAUUUAACUGUGGGUCUGGCGGCUUCGCUGUCUCUCAUCUCAGCCUUGUCCCAGAGUGGAGCUCACAUCUGGUCGCAAUCAGGAGAGAGAGAGAGAGAGAGAGAGAAUGCAUGCCCAUUAGUAGUCCAUGAUUUGGCAGUAGUCUCCACGUACAGCGGUACCCCAUCCAUCUCUCCACUGGAGUUAUGCAGAACAUAGCCUCCUAGAAGGCCUUUACUCCAACCCAUUCUUCCCACCCUUAUUACCCGAUUUAAUUAGAUUCUAAACGAGGGGAACAAAAUGAACAGGAGUCAUGGAUUUGGGUUAUUGGCAGCCUCGGGGAUAAGGACACCCUGCUGAGAGCAGAGAAUAGACAUUUAUGGGCUAAAAACGCCUAACGUCAGACACUACAGGGUUAAUUGAAUUAGAAAGGGCAAUGGCUGGUGUUCUGUGGAUAUGAAGAACAAAAUGAGUCAUUAUUCGAACUAAAUCCCUGUUAUAAUCUCUCCCUAAUUUACAGCUUUUAGCCUGGUAGGGCUUUUUUUGUUCUAAAUAAACAAUUACAUGAAAUGUAUUUGAUUAUUUAAAAUCCUUCUUGGAGACAGUCUGAGGUUUUAAAACAAGGCAAAUGUGGGUUGAAAUGAGAGGUCGUACACUUUGGGUGAUUCCAAAUGGAUUAAUAGAAAACAUUCCUGUAAACAAUCGUGUAUAAAAGUUGGAAGGCAGGCAGUGAUGUUGUUUGGUCUCAAGACAUCUGUUGUCAUUGGAUACAGUUGUUAUCUGGCUUCUAAACUAAUCAGGAAAAGUUGCAUUCUGGAAUUUCUUCAAUGAAUGACUAAAAAGAUGGAAAAUUAUAAGACCUUGGCGACUAUAACUUUAGGGAGGAUAUAACCAGUAAAUUACAAAUGCAUAUACUGUACACACACGCACACACGCACACGCACAGAGAGAGAGAGAGAGAGAGAGAGAGAGAGAGAGAAAUACAAUCUUAAUUAGAUCCAGUCCUCGAGCACUGAGGUAUUCCACUAAAAACCAAACUCCAUGUU